UUCCCGUAUCAUAUGCCAGAGCUGAGUAAACUGCUGCUUCUGGCUGAAAACAACACUAGGUGACUGACCUUUAACUAUUCCUGAAAAGAAAAUUCUCCCAGCCUUGCAUUUAUAUUGGUAAAAUAUAUUUUGAACUGAUUUACAGCUGCUGUAAAGUUGUCAGAAGGUUGCGUUUGGUUCAGUGGACAGGAACUCGUCUCACACAACGGAAAGAAAUGAUGACGACGAGAUGCUGCCACUUGUUGGGAAUACUCCUGUUAUCAAUAACUCUGUUGAGCCUGGGGGGUGAUGCUUGUGAAAAAAUUCAUUGUACAUCAAGUUGUGAUAGUGGCAAUCAUUGCAGUCUCAUUAGUAAUUGGACCGGUUAUUCUUGUUAAAUGGAUUGCAGCGGGUCACGGUGUCAAGAGGGGUGCGACCAGGAAGUUAAAGUUUGUAAACUGAAUCUAACAUGUAGUGGAGGGGAUUGUGAACAAUUUUGCUAGGCUAAAGCAUGUGAUCUGAAAUGUAGCGGGAAAAAUUGCAAAAAACAGGAAUGCUCAGAACAAGUACACAAUUGCACAAUGGAUAUGGGAUGCAACGAGGGGGAUUGUGAACAGAGUUGCAAGGCUGAAAAAAUAUGUGAUCUGAAAUGUAGCGGGAAAAGUUGCAAAAAACAGGAAUGCCGAAAAAAAGUAGACAAUUGCACAAUGCAUAUGAUAUGCAACGAGGGGGAGUGUGAACAGAGUUGCAAGGCUAAAACAAAAUGUGAUCUGAAAUGCAGCGGGAAAAGUUGCAGAAAGCAGGAAUGCUCAGAACAAGUAGACAAUUGCACAAUGGAUAUGGGAUGCAACGAGGGGGAUUGUGAACAAAUUUGCAAGGCUAAAAAAAACUGUGAUAUGAAAUGUUUUGGAUGUACACAAAGUUGCAAGGCUUCCACAUGUCGCAUGACUAAAACCUGGCCAAACAGUGAUCAGGAGAAGUUUAUAUGCUCUGGAAAUGGUCAAUGUUGCAGACGUUUUACAACGACCUAUGACACAUCGUCUCUCAAGACGAUGGCCUUUAGUACCAAAUGUAGCGGACAUAAAAGCUGCGCCUGUACCAAGUAUUCAAAAAAUCUCCUCAGCACUUCAAAUCUAAACACGUCAAACGUCGUUACAUCUACCAAAGCUAAAUAUACUCGAGUUUUUGCAACCAACACUCCAGCAGGACAUGGAACAGAAGCUUACACUUCGCAACGUACAUUGAUGCAAUCACCGUCAUCAUUAAUCUCACCAUCCCCAUUACCAUCGUUAUCAUCAUCAUGCUCAUCAUUAGUGGCAACAGUACCCGCAGAAACAUCAGCGUCUUCCUUUACACCAUCAUUGUCAUCGUCUUUAUCAUCAAAACCAGCAGCAGUGUCAUUAGAAGAAGCAUCAUCGGAUGUAGCACCGUCAUUAUCGUCAUCAUCGUUAUCGCCGCCAGCAGCAUCAAAAUCAGCUGUUUCAGCUUCGUCAAUAUCAUCUUCAUCUUCAUCACCAUCUUCAGUAGCAGCCGCUUUAGUAUCAACAUCAUUGUCGGCAUCAUCAUCAGCCGCACCAAAUGAUUCUUUUUCUGGAAAAGAUGGAAUAGAAAUUGGUGGAAACAGUUCCUCGACGAAUACUCAUAGGAAACUCAAAUCUUUUGUUUUACUUACGCGGGUGCAAACUUUAACAUAUUAUUUUAACAAAAACUGUUUCAAGCUGCUACAGGAGGCUAUAAAGGUUUUUGAAGACUUCAUCACCAGUAUUCAAACCAUCCCAAAACGCAAAGAGGAGAUCGAAAUUGAAAGAAAAUCCAUUUUCAAUGCAGCAGUCGCCUUGGAGAAAUCUGCCCUUGAUUAUGGCAAAUACCACUUGACUGAAGGAAAUUCUUCAGUGGAGAUCAGUAGUCACAAAUUAGUGUUGGCUAUACAAAAAGCCUACCGAAAAAAUGCAAGCGACUUCUACCUUGGAAGACAAGAACUGCAAGCGAGCAUGAAAUUAUCCUCCCUAAAUUUUGUAAACAACGUAUCAGUGGUUGUUGGGAUCCUUUACAAGGAUCUUCAUGAAGUAUUAUCUAUAGAUCAACCCUUCACAAUCAAAACAGGCAACACAAGGUAUUUGGACUCUGGAAUGAUGGCGGUGUCUACCGACCCAAAACCAGAAAAAAUACAAGAGAAUGUCACCUUAAAUUUCAGGAACCUGAAUGUCCAUGAAGGCGGGAGGAAAUGUAUGUUCUGGAGUGGCUUAAAUGAAAGUUCAGGUGGAUUAUCAGCGAGAGGAUGCUAUGUAGUUGCAUCAGAAAGCAACUCAGAAGAAACAGUUUGCAGCUGCGAUCAUCUGACUCAUUUUGCUGUCUUAGUUGACUACAAUGGCAGCCCAGGGCUCACAGAGGAGGACGAAACCAUUCUGGAAAUUAUCACAUACGUGGGAUUAAGCCUUUCUAUCCUCGGGAUAUUUCUCACCAUUAUUCUAUAUUCCUUUCUCACAGACAUAUGGCAGCCUCUGUCUCAAAUACGUUUAAGUCUUUCUGUGGCACUCGGAACUGGACAAAUAAUCUUUCUCGCUGGUAUAAACGCCACAGAAAAUACGACUUCCUGUAUCAUAGCAGCAGCUUUUCUGCAGUAUUUCCUGAUGGCCGCCUUCUGUUGGAUGUUUGUUGACGGAAUUUACUUCUACCUGUUUCUUGUGAAAGUUUACAACGUGAACACCAAGAUGCACAUGUAUCACGUCAUAUCAUGGGGUUUGCCAAUAAUCAUGGUGGUCAUUUCACUUAGCAUAGCGUCUGGAAAAGAUGGAAUUCAGAGUUUUACAAGUGAAAAAUAUUGCUGGCUGUCCUCGACUAACAGCCUGAUCUGGAUCUUCGUGACAUUUGUGGCUUCCGUUGAAGUUGUGAGUCUGUGA